AUGGUAACGUCUUGGAUUCUGAAUUCAUUAAUCAAAGAAGUUUCAGACAGUGUGGAAUAUGUAAACGAUUCUGCUGAACUUUGGAAGGAGUUGGAAGAUAGAUAUGAUCAAACCAAUGGAGAAAAAUUGUACCAAAUCCAAAAGGAAAUCAAUGAUCUCGCACAAGGAAUUUUAGACAUCACUGUCUAUUACACAAGGAUAAAGAAGUUGUGGGAAGAGUUGAACACUUUGAAUGUGAAAAAUCAUUGUAGUUGUGUUUGUGUGUGUGGUGCAAAGGAUGGUAUGCACAAGGCUGAGCAAGAUAGCCGUCUAAUUCAGUUCCUUAUGGGAUUAAAUAAAGUGUACAUAGUGGUGAGAGGAAAUAUUCUCAUGAUGAAUUCACUCCCUUCCAUGGUUCAGGCUUUCUCAUUGUUGAUCCAAGAAGAAAAACAAAGAAAAAUUAAGCCUAUUGGUUGA